CUAUGUAAAUUCUAAAACAGCAAACGUCGCGACCGACGACGACUACUUUCGAAUGAAACAUUCCUGUUUUCUAAUUCGUCUAUUGUCUAACUAUUAUCAUUAUUAUUAUUCGGGGUACUGUCCACAUUCUCUUUCUUUUUCAGUCACAAUCAUCAACUACCCCACUUCGAAUCUCUCUCGCCUUGGCGGUCUGAUUUUCCUCGUUUUAAUUAAUUCUAGCAAUCCCCUCGAACGAUUUAACCCUUUUUGGUGUCUUUUUGAUAAAUGCCCCCUUACCCGUUGCUCUGAUCUUCCUCGGUUCAUUGAAUCGGCUAUUUUUCAUUGCCAUCAGAUCCAUUAUCGCCGUUGCAACUCGCGAAGUGGAUUCCUUGUUCCAAGCUAAUUUCGUCGGAGGGUUCCGAUUUUUCCGACAUUCAACGGCUGAUCAUUGACGGGAUUUUGUUCCUGGGUGGGUUCUUCCUUAAAUUCGUCAACGCCUCGAAAUCAAAAGUACUAGACGCUGAUGAACGAAUAUCAAUGAUGAAAAGAAAAUUUUUUUGGUUUUUGUUUUUCAUCAUCGGUGUGAUGUGAUUAAAUCGCUUCAGAAGAGAAGCAGAUAGUGAAUCUCUCUUUUGUGGGGUUGGAGCCAAAGGGAUGCGUAGGUAUAAUAAAGCAGACAAAGAUGAAGCAGAGAGGCAUGUGGGUUUGCUUAAAUGGGCGCAAAUUCUUUCAUUCUUCCUUGUUUUUGUAGCAGGUAUUGUUAUUGGUAUAGCUACUAGUUCUCAUAUUAGUAGGCUUUAUUUUAGUCCACAAUCUGAGCUAUACUCAUUCGUCAACCAUGUAUCAAGCGCCCCUGUGCCAGAAGAAGAAGAAGAAGUUAAGGGAUAUCAUAACUGUGGAGGAACCAUACAAGAGUGUGAAGUGAUUAAUUGUUUGAAUUUUGAGACGUUUCUACAUCCUCCAAACCUGACCCAUAAUUUAAUGGACGAUGAGCUUUUUUGGAGAGCUUCCUUGGUGCCCAAGAAAGAAGAGUAUCCCUCUAGCUAUAAGAGAGUGCCUAAAGUGGCUUUUAUGUUUUUGACAAGGGGGCCUCUACCCUUGCUACCUCUAUGGGAAAGGUUCUUUAAAGGGCACGAGGAUUUGUUCAAUAUAUAUGUCCAUGCACCUCCAGGAUACAAUAUGAAUGUGUCUAAUUCUUCUGCUUUUUAUGGACGGCAGAUUCCAAGUCAGGAUGUUUCAUGGGGAUCAGCAACCUUGACGGAUGCUGAGAGGCGACUUUUAGCCAAUGCAUUGCUUGACUUCUCAAAUGAGCGUUUUAUUCUUCUCUCUGAAAGCUGUAUCCCUGUCUAUGACUUUCCUACUGUCUACAAAUAUCUCACUGGCUCUGCUCUCAGUUUUGUUGAUUCAUAUGAUGAGCCUACCCGUUAUGGUCGUGGCCGAUAUAGCCGGCAUAUGCUUCCUCAUAUCCAUCUUAGACACUGGCGGAAAGGUUCUCAAUGGUUUGAACUCAAUCGUGAACUUGCAGUUCAUAUAAUCUCUGACACCAAUUACUACAAACUCUUCUGCAAAUUCUGUAAGCCUGCUUGCUACCCGGACGAACACUAUAUUCCAACAUACUUGAACAUGUUCCAUGGUUCCCUAAACUCAAAUAGAACGGUGACUUGGGUUGACUGGUCACAAGGAGGCCCUCAUCCAGCAACCUUUGGAGGACCGAACAUAACGGUGGGAUUUAUACAGUCUAUAAGAAACAGUGGAACCCUAUGUCAACAUAACUCAGAGAUUACUUCAGUAUGCUACCUUUUUGCUCGCAAGUUUGAUCCAAGUGCACUGGAGCCCUUGCUCAACAUCUCCAUGGCUGUGAUGGGCUUCUGAAAAAUUUUUAUUCCAGAGAUAAGAUAUUCAACUACUUUGACUUUGAAAUUUACCGUGUAAGUUUGGAGAGAGGAUACAAAAGAGCGAAGUAGAGGAUGCUUCUUUCUCUCAGUCUCUCCAAAUGUAUCCUGUAAUGUAUUUUAGAGGAUUCAAAUCCAGUUACUAGGAUUUUGGUAGAGAAUUUAACAAUUUUACAAGAUCAGAAGUAUUUCUGUAGACUCUGUAUAGGUAGUGUUAACAGAAUUUUGUGUUCUCUGC